AAUUACGUUUUUGUACAGCACCUCUUCAUUCUGUACAAUGAUGAGCGCAUUCUCUCGUUUUCAAAUGAAAACAACGGCUUCACGCGGGAUCUGCAUGCAGACGACGCGAUAUCGGUACGGUAGCGCUUGUUAUAUGGUUGCGGGAGAAAGAUGGACUUAUGCAUUGUCUCCAUUGUUUGCCCAUGCAACAACGUAACAAACAAAAUUGUAAGAUUGGGUACGAAAUCUUUUGGAAAUGUCCUUGAAGAAGUCAAGCAGUGCGCUUGUUCAUUUGUGUCAGCAGCCGGCAAAGUGGACCGAGCUGACAGAUGGACUGACAUCGCCAGCGAUGUAGUGUCGACCUCGAAUGUCGGUAGCAUCGCAUCUGUAUUUAACUUCAAAUAUUUAGCACUGAAGUGCGCCCCAGAGCAAAUAUCUGUGUCCUCCACGAGUACCACGAUCCCGUCCGCCUUCGAGAUGCUGUUUCGAGCACAGCAACGUACUCAUUUGCCCCCUCCGAAAGUUGUAGGCCUACAGACCAAAAAAGACGAGCUGAAUAAUGACAUUCUGAAGAAUCUACGGACCAGGGCAGUGGGCUUUUCUCUUCCAGAGAGCACAACCCAAGGCUCACUUUUGCUGACGACGCUAACAAAUUGUCUUUGGUACAUCACAAACCAGCACACAGUGAUACGUGAUGCAUCUCUCCAAGAGAGAGAUGUGAUUCCUGUUCCAUCAUGCUGGAGCUUUGAAGGAUACAAUGAAGUGAAGAGAAAGAAAAUAAAGGAGCAACCCAUGUGUGCUACCUUUCUGGACAGUCACUCCCAAGCCCUGUUGUCUUUGUGUGACCGACCAUACAUGUCCUCAACUGCUGCUUGGAGAACACUGAAAGAGGACAUUUUAAAUCUUGCCACCUGCCUUCGCAACUAUGUGGAGUACCUGAAGAGGAAGAGGGAUACUACAUUUGCAAACCAUAACUCAAGUCAACCUGUCAGAGUUUUAUCUGAGAACAUUGCCGUGACACACCACAAAAACACCCCUGAGAUGGCUGCAAGGUACCGGUUGCUGGACAACGUUAUGUGUCAAACAGAUACUCUAACUCCUGUGCUCCUGGAUGACACUGUACACCUGGAGGAACCAUUUGCAAGUUCAUGGCACAGAUUUGACUUCAUCAACAGAAUCCAGCUGUCUGUACCUGUCGAUGUGCUGAAAUACCAACCUGGGGGCAGCAAGACUGGCGUCACCUUGCUGUGGAAAGUGGAAAGGAACAGAACACAGGAUGAGCAGCUGACCCAGACCACUGGAGUUGUCACUUCUCUGCAGCCAUUUCUCCCACAGUACCACACCAGGUACAUGAAGAAGGAUUUCAAGAGGAAGGUAGCGAACGUGGCUAGGGUGAUACCAAGCAUCGUAGAGGCGAUCUAUCAGGAAAUCUCCCAUGAUUCUUCAGCCCCAUCAAAUCCUCACAUGAACCAGCGCAUCCAAGUGGCUCUCCAGGGAGAGCCUGGCAUUAUUGUCGACUUGCGCACCCUUAACAGUGGCCGUCCUGGUGACAACUUUGAGGAAUUCUUCUCAAAGAUGGAAGAAGCAGUCAAUGAAGUCACUGCAGCAGAUGAAAGGAGACAUGGCACUGCCCACCUGUCACAGUGGUUGUCGCUAGAGGAUCUCAUUGAACAGGUUAAGUCCAAAUGCCCUGAAGGAACCAAGGUGCCCAGCAAAGCCCUUGUGAGAUUGCAAUUUGCACCAAAGAAUCCCUACACCCAGAGUGCCUUGAACUUCACUUCACGCUUUGAGCUCAAGUACAAGAUCCAGCGAAGACAGCUCCGAGCAUCUCACCCUGAUGCACACUUCUGUGCUGCACUCUUCUUAUUAUUGCGUCUACACAUGUAUCAGCUCCGUUCGGAAAUAUUUGUCUUAUUCAUGGACGAUAAGGCCAAGAUCCCGGUUGGAGAACCAGGGAGCCUGUGUCCACUGGUGUUCGAGGUCGACACUCAAUUGUGCCUUCAGCCACCCAACUGGCAGCACUGGACCACGAUAUGA